AGUCAAUGGACGAAGUUUUCCAAACCCUAAUUAUUCGAAUGUUUCUCAAAGGGUUGCAAGUGUAUGGAAUUGGAGAAUUGUCCUUCAGAAAUUUUCAAAGUCCAUGGCUGACAGAGACUCAGACCAGUGAUUCCACUUGAGACGACUUCCAAAGUCUCCUCUACGAAUUCUCCAAUGCUCCACAACCGCAAAUCCAUGUUUAUGGGUAGCUUCUAUUCCCCACUCCACCCAGUUUCUCCACAGCGAGAUACACUGACCAGUUCCACAGUUCUUGCACAUGUCUACCCCUUUAGAAUAUUAUCACUCGCUCCCACCUGUGAGCAAGCUGUAUGGAGUGGGCUGUUUGAUGACCACCGCUGCUUACUAUCUCCAGCUUUAUGACCUCGAGAGCAUAUUUCUGCUGUACAGCCUUGUAAUUAAAAAGUUUCAGGUUUGGAGGCUCAUCACCAACUUCUUCUUCCUUGGCCCGUUUUCGUUUCCGUUUGCUUUUCGUCUAAUAAUCAUAGCAAAAUAUGGCGUAUCAUUGGAGAGAGGUCCCUUUGAUAAAAGAACUGCGGACUAUGUGUGGAUGUUGUUUUUUGGAGCUCUUUCACUUCUGGUAAUGGCUGCUAUUCCAUACUGUUGGACUCCGUUCAUGGGAAGUUCUUUGGUUUUCAUGAUUGUCUACAUCUGGGGCCGUGAGUUCCCAAAUGCACGUAUCAGCAUCUAUGGUGUCGUUUCAUUGAAGGGAUUCUAUCUUCCUUGGGCAAUGCUGGCUCUGGAUCUAAUCUUUGGCAAUCCUUUGAAGCCAGAUAUUUUGGGAAUGGUGGCAGGGCAUCUUUAUUACUUUUUGACUGUUCUACAUCCUCUUGCUGGUGGGAAAUUCAUCAUCAAAACCCCUUUCUGGGUUCACAGGCUAGUAGCAUACUGGGGUGCAGGGAUACAAGUUAAUUCUCCUGUGCAGCGGGACCCUUCUGCUGGUACUGCAUUUCGUGGAAGAAGCUACCGCCUUAAUGCUGCUGCUCGAACAAGCAAUCGGGAGCGAACCCGAACACGCUCUUCUCCCUCUCCACCACCAGCAUCACCACAACCAAGCUCUAAUCGGGAUCAAGGAGCUGCCUUCCGUGGCCGAGGUCAUCGUCUUGGUAGUUAAGUCUUUCUAGUUUGUAUUACUUGUACGACUUAUUAUAUAUCAACAAGGAUCUAUAAGUACACAUCUCAAAAUAAAAUUUAUGAUUGGAUGUAAUUUACACUCUUA